UACAUGUUUGUUUAUUUUAUAAGAAACCAUUAAAUCAGAUUUCAUUGUUAAUUCGAUUUUUAAUUUCAGUACUCAUUUUGGUGUAGCAACCAUAGACUAAAAAAAUAGCAACACGCUUUUUUUUAGUAAGAUCUGGCAACACAGACACUGCGUGCUAACAUAUGGGGGGACACUGGAACGUGGACAGUACGGUUGUAAAAUCAAGUACACAGUGAUGCUGGUAGAAAAUUUCUCGACAAAAUACAAUAUUUAUUUGAUUAAACUGCGAAGUGGCCAUCGAGCGCAUAGUAACGGGUGUUCUUGUUUUCUACGAUGCUGCAUUCCCCGGGGAACGAAACUUCACCGCUGCUGCACACUAGCAUGCGACACCGACUGCACCUCUCUUUCUCUUUUACACUUUCUUACGUAAACCUGCUUCUAAAACCCAAAACCUCUGGUGUUCAAGUGUCGCGUUAGCUUCUAAACACCGGCAUUGCACGCGGUGCUAUUUUAAUAAGAUGUCAAGCUGUAUCGCGACAGAUGUAGAGCGCCAUCAGGUGUCACGGGGGCAUGCGGUCUAAUUCUACGCUCAGUUCAAGCUCGCUAAGUUAGUCGAAGGGACGCUGUAACCCUCGGUCAAAUGUGUGGGAAAGUUUUGUUCUCCUGCUAAUGUGACAGCUUGCUGGGUCGUUUACUUGACAUUUUUUGGAAAUGUCCAAGACACGCGAAGUGCUACUUGUAGGGGAAGGCAACUUCUCUUUCUCGGCGGCUUUGAGCGAGAACGCAGGCGACGAUGUCGGGGUGAUCGCCACUUGCUUUCAAAGCGAGAACCAGACGUACAGACAGGAGGGAGCUGUCCUGAACAUACAGCGACUCCGUGACAAAGGAUCAGUUGUUCUGUUUGAGGUGGAUUGCACAUGCCUAAAGGAGCACGAAGCCAUUCAGGAUCAUCUUUUUGACUGCAUUAUCUUCAAUUUCCCUCACUGUGGGCGUAAAAGUGGCGUAAAGAAGAACCGCGUCCUGUUGGUGAAAUUUUUCCAAAAUGCCGUUGCAGUCCUGAAGGACAAUGGGGAAGUGCAUGUCACCUUGUGCAAUGGCCAAGGCGGUACUCCGUGUGACAGUCCAAUGAGAGAAUGGCACAAUAGUUGGCAGGUGGUUGCCAUGGCAGCAGAAGCAGGACUAAUUCUCAGUGAGAUCUGUCCCUUUGACUGUGAAACGUAUCAAGGUUACAGAUGUACUGGUUACAGGAGUCAAGACAAAGGUUUCCAUGUAGACGGAGCUCUGACCCACGUCUUCACUCGGAGUCUCCCUCACACCAUACCAGAGAAACUGAAAAUGGAGAAAACCGUUGGGAAGGAGACCGUUUGUUUUGAGCUUCCAGCAGAGUUGAGUAAUUAUAUCAACAGGGAUUUCCUUGGUCAGCAGUCACAUCAUCCAGUGAAAACUGUCCAGGAGCAGUUACUUAGAGAGCUAAAGUCAAUCUGGCCUGUGUGCACUAUGAAUGAAGACUUCCCAGAACUGGUAAGCUGCCUACCAGAAACGCCAGAGGCAUGUGACUCCACUUUGACCCACUCAGAGGUCUAUUGGAUUAAACCUACUGACAUCUAUAUAUUUGACCAAAUUGAAAAUGAGCAAAACGACUGCGAGUCUAUGGAGGACCAACAAAGCUUUACCGGCAGCUAUGCACUUCGACCGUCUCUGUUGUUGCAUGUCCAAGAGAUCACCCAGAAUGAAGACUUCAGUCCUGGUACUCUUCACGCAGUCAGUGGCCUGGUCUUUCAGAGAGUGCCCAUCUCCCUGAGCCGUUCUCCUGCAUUUCACCAGCUUCUGUUAGUGGGAAUGUUCCCUGCAGAAUCCCAUCCUGUCCAGUGCUUCCAAGAUUGUUUGGAGUCACUACUUGCUUCUUACGGCGUCUCCUUUGCGGAGGCGCAAACAGGCCUGGAGCAGCAAGUGUGGAUGAAUUCAAAGACGCUUUCCAAGUUUGGGCGGAUUGCAUAUCUGCCUUCCUUUUCCUCAGCCUUCGAUGAAGGUUUACAGUUAAUAGCGGUCUCAAUAAAUUUGGAUCAUUUAGCUACCCUGAUUUUUGCCAUUUCUGAUUGGCGCUUACUUUGGAGUGCAGAUCCUCGGUUUCUUAAGCAUUUUGAGCUCAAUCCACUUGGACCUUUCAGUCCUUUCUCCCUUUACCCACCAAGCUACUUGCAUGAUAUCAGUUUCUGGAUGGAACCAGAAAGCUAUGAUGAACUGGACUUCCAUGCACUUGUGCGAGAGGCGUCUUGCGGUACUGUUAAGGAUAUGGCAUUAGUAGAUCGCUUCAGACACCCACACAUGGGUCAUGCAAGCCUCUGCUAUAGGCUGACCUAUCAUUCGCCGGAUCGGGCCCUCUCACACAGCCAGGCAUUGGGACUGCAGAAUCAGCUGCGGAGACUGUUACCCCUGCGCCUGCAGGUCACGCUGAGGUGAUUGAAGAGGAUUCAGCGACAAUGGAUUAAAUGGAUGAAUAAUCUCAGAUUUUAAUAUUUAAAGAUGAAGGUUAAAGGUGCAGUAGGAGAUCUUGGAAAAGCGAACGUCCCGCCCUCCCUGCAAUCGCCGUCUAAAGCCACGCCCCCUGUACGCAUAUAUGCUCACAGAUCAGAAUACCAGAGACAUGACUACAAUAGGCUACAUCAGCGGUUCCCAAUUCCAAUCCCCCCCACCCCCGCAUGUUUCAUAUUUCACACGUUUCUCUUAUCACGUCCGACGUUUGUUCUAUUCGACCGUAAGUGCCCUGCGAAGUGAACAUCACCAGAUAUUCCACCAUGAUUCCAGUUUGAAUCGAGCGUAUAUGUUCCAUACAAAGGGCAUUAAAGUGUGCGAGACGUUAAUUUAAAUCGUAUUUAUUUACAGAGGUGUAUUAUCUCACACUUCUCUAGUAAGUUUCGUCUGUGUGUGAAGACGCUGCGCAGUGCAAAUCCGUUAAUGAAUGUUCCGAAGUGAAGCAAACUUCAACGGAUUUCCUCUGCUCAGGGAGUAGGGAUCAAAGAACACUGUGUAGGGAGCAUGUCAAUUCGAACACAGUUCAUGCACGUAGCUCUGUUCUAAGGAGCUGGUUAUCUGAAUCAGGUGUGUUAACUAAGUGAGACAUGCAAAAUAUGCAGAACGGGGGGUGCGAGGACUGGAAUUGGGAACCGUUUGGCUACAUCAUGUGUCAUUCACCGGUGAGAAAACUUUACAGCACGGAUAGUAAAAGUACUACAGUUCCAGGAAGGAAGAUCGGGUUGUUGAUGUUUGUCUGCCAUUCUGGCUCUGUCUGCACCGCGUGCGUGAAUGUGCUGAUGACGUAUCCUGUCUGCGCGAACCGGGUGCAGGGAGGUAUGCAAAUACAUAUGUUGACAGGCAGGUAGGAAAGCCAAUUAAAACGCUCGGACCGAGUGUUUUGAUUGGAUAAACAUUUCUUGGUCCUAUGCCUUCCACAGAAUAUAUAAAUACAUUUAGACCACUUAACUUAAUGAUUGCUAUUGGGAUGUGAAGAGACUUUCAACCAGCAUAAUAAAAAAUGUUUCUGAAGUCACCUAUUGCACCUUUAACUUUAUUGAUCAAAAGAGAGUCCGUUUAUUUUGUCUAAUUUGUUAAAUCGGGUUAAAUUUUAGCAAAUACAAUGGGUGUUAUUCCCAUUUAUUUAAAACUGACAUAUCAACUUAUUUGAACUAAAGGGAUUUUUUUGUUUCUGUGCUUGAAAUCCUAUCAUGUUUACAUAUUGCUUGUUACGCUAAUUAAUCAAAAUUUUACAUUAUAAAUAUUGUGGGUUUAAUAAGUUAUCCAAGAAAUGUUUACAGAUUUCAGUAGUACUGUUUUACUUUCCCUUGUUGUUUAGUACUUUGCAAUGAGGAAUAAAAAAAGAAAAUAAAUAUUACAAAUUGCUUUCUCUCCUACAUUAAUUGAUUAUGCAUGUUUAGGGAUGUAUUUCAAUUAAGAAACUUAGAGAUGUAAUUACUGAUGCACAAAUGCAAAUCAUUUCGUCUGAUACAUUUUUAAAAAAUAACAUAUUUUUCUAUUUUCUUUGUAUGGCACAUGUGUUCACGUUAUAUCUGAAGCUGCAUUUGAUACUGUGAUAUUUCUGGAAUGUCUGUGUUUGUUUAUUAUAAUUUGUGACUAAAUUGCUAUAUGUUAUUUAUGCUAUAUGGCUAUAUGUUAACAUAAAUAACAUAUGUUAUAUGUUAUUGCUAUUUACUGAAGGGUGAAGUGGGUCAUUUUUCAUACAAAUGGAAUACCUAAAAACUAACCUGUUUUCCAUUGUUUGGUCAAAUAGUGCUGUGUUGGUUGGGAUGCUUAAACUGCUGGUGCAACCUGCUCAUUAAGCCCAAAAGAGGUAGACAUUUCAUCCCUGGUUAUUUUUGAAACUGAAAAGUUUGAAUUGAAUUAUAUAGAUGAUAUAAAUUCCAUUACAAACCAUUUUAAUCAUGGCACAUAUCUAAAAACAAAUGGACACCAGAGUCACUUCGUGUAAGGUUCAGAGCCCAAAAAUGCAAAUGUAACAUCUUCAACCACAUGGUCUGUCAUUAAUUAUUAUUUUUUUGAGCAUUUAGCAUGUCUGCAGGUUACUGUUUUUUUUAGGCUUCGUGUAUCAUGGCACCACACCAGAUUAUUGCUUAUGAAACAAAAGGUCCUGUUUGAGAGUACUAAGAAUAUAGUGUAAAAUCUGUUUAUUUUUAGAUCACAAGAAUCUAACUAAUACAAAUGUUAAAGAAAUGUCAUCAUACCAUAUUAUGAUAAGACUGUGAAAAAUGGUAAUAAUAAUGUCUAAAUUAACUGAUUUUGUUUAAAAAUAUAUUAUCUAACAUGACGAAGCCAAACAAUUCAAUUAUAUAACAAUACUUAUAUUAAUCAUCAACAAUAUUAGUUGUUCAGUUGGCUUAAAUAUCAGCAAAGUGUACUGAACGAGAAAAGAUGAAAAUAAUUUGUUAUGAAAUGUAUGUUAAAACACUUGUAGUAAAGGUACUUUACAAAUAUUUUACAAAGUUAGUGAAAGGAUACAAUCGGAGCUAGCAACAGGGUAGAAUAUUAUAGUAAAAGGAAAAAAAAAUAAAAAUCGUUGCUUGAAAUAAAAUCUC